AUGACUUCUCUAUUCGGCGGAGGUGCCCCAGCCACCGGCGGUGGCCUGUUUGGUAAUACUACGAACAAGUCGGCCUUUGGUAGUACGCCGACCGCAACCCAAUCCACCGGGGGUGGACUGUUCGGACAACAAAAUCAGCAGCAAGGAUCGGUAGGCGGUUCAACGUUCGGCGCCAGUACUACUACACCUCAGACACAGCCAUCAGGAGGCUUGUUCGGAGCUGCACAAAAGCCUCAGAAUAGUUUACUAGGCGGAAGCACCUUUGGACAGCCUGCGCAGCAACAGCCUCAGCAACAGACCAGCGCAUUCGGAACCUCGCUUGGACAGCAACCACAAGGAUCUCUCUUUGGUGGUACGACAGGUGGUGCCCAGACCACCGGUACAGGAAUGUUCGGACAACAGAACCAGCAGCAACAAGCCCAGCAACCACAGCAAUCGCAAUUCGGUCAAACUACCAUGGCUACACCACAGGGCCAGCAGCAGCAGCCUCCUCUGGCAUCGAGCUUAUGGUCUCCCGGCCGUGCUAUCACUGGAGUGCACCGAACCGUUCCCAUGCAGAUGGCCAUUGUCAAGGACAAGUGGGAUCCUCCCAGUCAAUCAUCGCCAUUCCGAGCAUAUAUCUAUAACAACGUCGGUGAGGAGGCCGCGCCUUUCUACCAACCAGGCCCGGACGAUGAUCAUACGAAGUGGGAGGAAGCUUUGCGCAAGCGCCCCGGUCCGGGUUAUGUCCCUGUACUCGUGAGGGGCUUCUGGGAGCUCGGCAAGCGCGCCCAGCGACAAAGAGAUUUCCUUACCAUGAUUCAAUCGCGCCUGCAUGAGAUCAACAAUUGUCUCACUGAGCUUCUCUCGAAGCAUGACCUCAACCUAUCCAUUAAGAUUGCCGACGCCCGUCGCAAACACAUUAUCCUUAGCAAGCGGUGCCUCGCUCUUGCUGCCAAGACACAGAUCCUUCGCAAUCGAGGCUACGCAAUGGAUGAAGCAGAGGAGGAGUUGAAGAAGAAGUUGGCCCAGCUCGAACGUUCUGUCUUUGACCCAUCAAUCAAUGGCCGCGGUGAAGAGAUCUGGGCCCGUAUGUUGGCUAUCCAUGAGCACUCCAAGCGACUGCAGGCUGAGUUGGAUCGUGCUGGUGUGAACGUGACACCCACCGAAGACGAUAUUGAUGAACAGACCCUAAAGACUGCGAAGAAGAUUCUCGAUGAUUAUCAUUCCCAGAUCCAGCAUCUCCAGAAGGAAAUGGAGUCUAUCAAGAAGGACUUCGAAGAGGCGAAGAGCGCAAACGGGAACUGA